UGGGACUGUGCGCAAAAUACUGUAUGUUUUUAAAGAAGGUUAGGGCUCUGUCGUUUUUUUAACACAUUUUGCGCACAGUCCCACCAAGCCUAGAUAAAGUGGUGCAUUCCCUGUUGGAAAGCCAACAGCCACGAAUUUACCGCACCGUAGUAAUUGGGCACCAAAAGGAUGGGCAACCACUUAAUUGAUGAUGAUGCUCGCUCUCCUGUUGUUCCAAAAGUUGCCCCGUCUCCUCCUGAUGCUGAAAAUCGUGGUGCCAAGCCAUUAGUCACCACCGAACUGCCCUCCCUGACCACCUGCCAAAUCCAACAAGUCCCUCCCAUCCAGCAGUCCGGAACUCACCUUUCCGGCUUGGUGACGUCGAAGCUGUGGGCGGCCAUCCGGCCGUGUUCGUCACUUAGCUGCAUAACUCGCGCUGCGCGCUUGCGGCUCCAACAUGGCAUUAGAGCCCGGUGCGCUUCUUCCUCCUUUUCUCCUUUUUGACGCCCUCCGGGCUUCCAGUCCCUUCACACCUUCGCCUGGGUC